CUCCAUAUCAAAUCAAUAUUUGCUUAACCACUUUUAAUUUAAUUUCUUUCAGCAAAUUUUGGUUGAAGAAUGAAGGUGGUCUCCAAUAAUGAUGUUGUUUCUAUGGGAGUAGCAAUGAUAGUGGUGGUAAUGUUAGCUACCCAAAUUCACAUGUCACAGGCAGUGACAUGCAACCCAGCUGGGCUGAGCUCCUGUGCCCCGGCGAUCUCGUCGGGAGCGGCACCGUCGAGGACAUGCUGCAGCAAGUUGAGGGAGCAGAGGCCAUGCCUUUGUGGGUACCUAAGGAAUCCCACUCUCAGGAAGUUUAUUAAUUCUCCCAAUGCUAGAAAGGUUUCUAGCUCCUGUGGGGUCCCCUUCCCUAAGUGUUAAAGCCAAACUUUCUUUAUACAUAUACAUAUGAGUAUUGGGUGUGUGUGUGCGUGGUUUCGAAGGAUAUGAAAGAUGGUAAAUUAGAUAUAUAACUCAUGCUUUAAUGAAUAAGAUGUUGUUCAUCAUGGGUUGUUUCAUUUGUGUCCAACAUUUCAGUCUAUUGUAAUUUAGUCAUGACUUUUUAUGUCUAUUUUAGGAUAUACUGGUUUCUAUAAUUCGGAAUAGAUUCUAGAACAUGUGUUUGGCUAGAGAUUGAUUAAUAAUAAACCGAUUAUCUAAUCUUGAAUUGAUUC